CUUCAGGAGGCGCCGUUGCAAAGGUAAAGUGGUCUCGUACCCAACAUCAUCAUCAUCAUCAGACCAGAACCAAAACAUUGAAGUUGCAAAUCCUUAUAACUGAGGCCGUGGAAGAAGGGAACUACUGAGCAGUAAUAGAUUUAAAGUGAAAAGAACUUGUGAAAUGUAUCGAGUCAUUGAAUAUCUGACUAAUAUGUAGAUCUGAGCCACACUUAAUAUGAGGAAUGUACAUCUGCUUUUACUGAAGAGAAGAGUGAAGAGGUGGUGGCUCUAUGGCAUGAUAAUUAUCAUCCUGUUGCUUGGGUAUUAUGAAGGAUUGUUCCAAGUGGACACGGACUUGAAUGCAUCAAAUCCCACCGAGUUCUCCAGGAACCUUAUGAAGGAAGUAUUUGCUCUACAAAGACAAGUUAAGUUGCUGAAAUCUGUCCUCAAGCAGUAUUCAAUACCGGAGAAAGAGUAUUCAGAUGUGUUGUUGCCAGUCAUAUAUGUCAUCACUCCCACCUAUGCAAGGCCUCAACAGAAAGCUGAACUCACAAGGUUAAAAUCAGUGUUCUUCCAUGUGCCGUCCCUACACUGGAUUGUUGUGGAAGAUGCCCCAAAGAAGUCACAAAUGAUAUCUAGUUUCCUUGAGUCAUCUGGACUCACUCACACCCAUUUGUCCCAGUCAACACCUCAAGAGUGGAAGCUGAAAGAUUCUGACCCAAGAUGGCGCAAACCCCGAGGAAUUCUGCAGAGAAAUGCUGCUAUUAGGUGGUUACGGAGGAAUUUGAAGCAUGAUGUGAAUCCCAAAGGGGUUGUCUACUUUGCUGAUGAUGACAACACCUACAGUGUGGAGCUAUUCCAUGAGAUGCGAGACACACACAAAGUUUCGGUGUGGCCGGUAGCACUGGUGGGUGGCGUGCUAGUAGAACGGCCGCUGGUGGGACCUAAAGGGCAAGUCACAGGUUGGCUAGCUGGAUGGAAGCCAGACAGACCCUUUGCACUGGACAUGGCUGGGUUUGCUGUGAACUUGUCUCUCUUACUAAGAAAGGCAGAGGCUGAGUUUUCCAUUGAUGCUCCAAUAGGCUUUCAAGAAACUAGGUUCUUAGAAAAACUGGUUACUCGAGAAGAGCUAGAGCCUAAAGCUGACAUGUGCAGAAAGGUGUUUGUGUGGCACACCAGAACAGAGAAACCUAAUCUUAAGGAUGAAGAGAGGUUGAGGAAGUUGGGGAAACCUACAGAUGAAGGAAUAGAAAUAUAAGGAAAGGGCAUGACCAGUGAUAUGGACAUAGGAGGAAUGAUAAACUAUAUAGGGUAGGUGGUGGCUGAGUGGUUAGCGUGCUGGGCUCACAUUCACCACGCCAUGGACAACGUCGGUUCGAAUCCCCACAACACCACCUGGGAUUUUUCAGUCACCGCCGAGUGGCCUAAGACUACCCACAUGCUGUCCAGAAGACCUCCCAUCAACCUGGACUCUAGAAGAAACCGUCCAGUGAAUCAAGAAUGAGUUCCGGGGGGCAGCAUGAGCCAAGUAUAACUGGCGCCACUAUAAAAAUUGCCUGCACCACGAUGAGCUUGGGCCGACCAUCUGGCCCAUGAAGAGAGCCUACUGGCGCAAUAGGUGGGGAUGUAAAAUUUUAUAUAUAUUGUUACGAAUGUGCUGUAUGUGAAUGAUUGUAUGUGUGUGUGGGGGGGUGGCGUAACAAUAUAUAUAUAUACCGUAUUUCCUGCCAUAUAUUCUAUCUUCUCUUUGGAGGGCAACUUUUCGUAUAUAUGUAGUUGGUAAUGCAAGCAGUGGGUGAAUACUUCCAACUUUGUAUCCUGCAUCAUAGUCAUAAAGUCUUCAGAGCAUCACGGGCCUUCCUGGACUUUUACGUAGUGCCUUCUUGCUUUUCUUGACACCACCCGUGAUGUAGAAAAGCAAGGUAAAUGAUGAAGCGUGAGGAGACCAGAGGAAAAGUAUAACCCGUUCUCUGUGUGUCACCGAGGCCUGAAACAAAGGGAAGGGAGGCUAUAGGCUCAUCGAAAAGAUGCCCCAAACCUACAGCAAUAUUAUUUUAUCCAAUGAAAUAAAAAGUAUCUAUAUAUUUACCUGUAUUACAUUAUAAACAAGUGUUAUGCAUGCGUAUGGAGUUGCCAGAUGUUGCCAAUAUCUAAUUUAUUUAAAAAAUAUAUUUUGUAUUCACACCGCAAAACAUUUUUUUUUUUUCUGGGAUACAAUUAAAAAUAGUUCACAUU